AUGCAGCCUGGAGAGUCAGCAGAUGAGGGAGAUAUCCCGUCACAUGCCCUCCAUGGCCUCCUCGCUGAUCUAAACAUUUCCUCCCCUUCCAACCGCCUCUCUCAUGCUCAACUCCCUACCUGGACAUUCCCAGCGUCUCCACCUACCAGGAACACACCUUCACCUCGCCCAGCUGACGGAUCCAUCUUCUCUCCACGCCCUCCACCAAAAUAUCACCCCAAUUCCGCUCCGGAACUGGAUCUUGCCUCUCCAACACAUGUCACCAAUCCCACCCACGUCGUUACCCCCACGCCUUCUAUUAAUCAGCCCUCGUUGUUCAAUACGCCCAAUCGAUCAAUCUUCUCCUCAGGGCCUCCGACCUCGUCUGUAUCUGCCAAUACAGCACAAGCGUCCAUGAGCUCCCCAUCGCCGGUCCACCCUACCCAUCCAUUGUCAACCCUCACUGUUCCUACUUCUGGCUCAAGCAGGAGGUCGGUUCAUUAUCAGAAUGAGAACCUCCCGACAGCUAUAAAGAGCAGAAUCCCAAGAGCAGAGAAGGAUGUGGAUGACCCUUCUGUCCAAGUCGAGGGUACUACAUCGGCUGAGAGGAGGGGGACAAGUACGCCUACAGCAUUGACACGUCUCUUCGCUGCGCCCGAGGUCACUCCGAUAGUAUCAAGACAUUCCUCGUACAUAAGAACAGCUAGUGGAACCGCAUACACUAGAGCAUCUUCUGCUGAGACAGCCCCUUUGCCGAACCACCUCUACAAUCGGGGUUUGCUAGGUGGGAAACACUCAGAUAUUGCAAUUCAUGCUUUUGGUACUCGAUAUGCUCUACACCGGCUACUGCUCGAUCGGGCACCCUUUUUUUCAUCCGCUCUCUCAGAGCCAUGGUUUGAAAGCUCGUCAAAAGAGAUAGCCCUCCACCCUGAUGAUAUCGAUUCUAACAUUACGCAAGCUGCCUUCGAGCUGGCGCUGAAAAGACUCUAUGGCUGCAAUGUUGCUAUGGAAGAGGACAAGGAGGCCGUUGGCCUGUUUGCUACUGGUUGUUGGUUAGAAAUGGCUGACUUGGUCGACGCCAGCGUCACGUCGAUCUUGCGUCAGAUGUCACCGGCUAAGAUAGGUUCUUUAAUCAAAUUGGUCACCAACAACUAUUAUGGCAAAAAUGGAGAUCGAAUCUUGGCCACAGCCAAAGCCAUGCUUUGCCGCGAAGGCUGGGAGAUGCCAGUGAGGUAUUGGGAUGGAGUCUCUGGUGAGAUCGCAAGAGAGAUUAUUGGUGGCGACGGCUUCUUCGUACCUGGAGAAUGGGAACGAUGGGUGCUUGCAAAGAGAGUCCUGGAUCGAAAAUUGAAGUUACGAGCUAUUGAAGCAGGCCUUAUUGAGCCCAAUGGAACCCACAAACGUGCACCACCCGAUACUAUGAGCUUCUCAGCUAUCCGGUUCGACACUGUGUAUCGCAAAAACUCAGCCGUCGCUAGCAGGCAUAUCCCUGAGGCCUAUGAUUCAUGGCUUGCGCUUUACACCAAUCCGGAUAUCGCCGCUUUGCUGGUCCUCCUUGACGAAGGUAUCCAUUACGUGCAUUUGAGCUUCGAACAAUUGCAGAAAAUUCGUAGUCAGCGAGAUGUCCUUGGAUUGCCGCUUAUGCCUGAAAAGGUGAUCAACGAUGCUUUAUGGAUGCAGAUGGAACUUCGACAGAGGAUCGUCAACGCGCCUGAGCUCGAUGAGGUACUGGGAUUGAGCAAAGAAUCCGAGGAAGUUCAGGAGGCCGCCCAUCUGCAAGGAGACGCUAGUGAGGCCACUAAUGGGAAAGGCAAGGAGCGCGAUACUGAUUUUUACGAUGACCAAGAGGAUGAUGAUGAAAUGGAGUCAGGUAGCUGGGACGGCAAUGGAAGACCUCGAAAGUUCUGGAUUCCUAACGUCGACUCGACUUCCGUAACGGGCGCAAAUCCAGAUACUUCGCUCUAUGCAACGCCAAGCACUAAUCGGCCUUAUAUCUCACGACUCUCCGCCUCCAUUGACCCAGUGGAUGUGCAGUGGGCAUCAGACUUCACAGCAUCAGCAAACGAGCGCCCAACAACAGCUGACCGAAAUGAACCAAUCCCUCCAAUCUCUUACACCAACUACCCACCCUUCCGCUUCGCAGCCGAGUUUCCCAAUCCCCGCAAUCUCAAGGAAAAGAAACGUGUUUACUCUCGCACAGUCUGGUAUGCUGGCAGUCUCUGGAAUGUGUACAUCCAAAAAGUCGAAACCACAAAGAACACCCAGCUUGGCGUCUACCUGCAUCGCGCUAAGGAAAAGGAAGGCUCCGAAGAUAUCCAUCACCGUCAUACGAACAGCGUGGACGAACGCAUCGGACAAGUCGAGAUGCUAAUGCGCCGCAACCGCAAUCGCCGUCGUUCACGAGGCGAAUCACUGGAUGAGGACGCCAGUAAUUCAGGUACCGAUCCGGACAGCACUUUGGUCGCGCCCGGACAACCUUCGCGAGCGGCGACCAUUAGCAAUCUGCUCCGUGGUGGCAGCCGCGAUGACUCUUCUGUUAUCAAAUCCUCACAGACGCCUAGUCCUCUCAGUUUGUCUUUACCAUACAACAGCGCUCCAAACCUGAACGAUUCCGACGACAAUGACGAAGCUGCUGGCAACAGGGAAGCUUGCAACACUAACCACAGUGUCCCAACUCUGCCUACAUACGUCGAUGGUCGCUCAACGAUUAAGACGUAUUUCAAGAUCUACAGCCCAAGUAAGGGUGGAAGGAUGUUGAGUGUAUACGAGAGCGCCCCAGAUUCAUUCAAUUUCAGUCAGAGCUGGGGUUGGAAGAGUUCCACUAUGGUGUUAGACGAUGCGUUAUGUGGGUAUGAUGGCGGUGGAGAUAGCGGUGGGAACGGCAAGGGGGGAAGGGAUGGACGGCUCCGGUUCAUGGUUGUGAUUGGUAAUGUUUGA